AUGGAGAAGAAGCGAGAAGAAGAUGAACAGCAACAAAUUUACAAUCGCGUGCGAGUCGAGGCGGAGUUUAACGAGAGAAGACGGAUCGAAACGGAAGCACAGGAAGUAAGAGACCAAGAAGCGGCUACUAUUGAGCAAAUGAACGCGAUGGAGAGAAGCAUUAGAGGCAAAUUGGAAGCAGAGAAAUGGGCCGAAGAGGCAGAAAAGAAGGCAAAAGCUAGGCAAAUUGAAGAAACUGCCAGGCUGUCGCGAGAGAAGAUGAUGGAGGCCAUGGAAGAUAUCGCAACCCUUACCAAGGAGAAGGUCCUGGACGAUAUUGCAAACGAGAGGCAGAUAGAUACUGCAAAACGAGGGGAGCACGACUUCAUGAUGACCGAACUAUUAUCAGAGCUCCGAGCAAUUAUCAGAUCGGACUUGCGUCAGGAAAUUCGCUCAGAGGUACGCCGAGAGAUAGAGGAGGAGGAAUAUGAAGCAAGAACGGGUAGGCCAUCACGCCAUUACUGGCGGUAUCGCCAGGAUCCUUCCACACCAAGAUACACAACACCGGAACCACGACGUCGCUCCCCGCGGCCAGAGCGAUAUCGCGAAGCUUCUUACGGGACAGCAUACCGAUAUCGAAGAUACCGAGAGCCGCAGGACGGAAGAUACCCUAGGGCACCCAUGGUACAUUCUUCAGAUGACGAAUCAAGGAGACAUAACGAGGAAGGUAUUGCUAGCCCAGUAUCAAGCCACUUUGGGUCUUAUCACCAUCCAGUCCCCGAACCGAGGCUGAGGCGGAGAUCCAGGCAGGAAUACCGCAUACCAUCCUCCAAUGGAUCAUCUAGGGGGUCUGCAACAGAUCCUGUGGUGCAUCAUAUGGAGCAGCCCGAGAUCAAUCUCAAUGCCGCAAAUGUGAACCAACCUCCGGCAAGAAGGUCUGCGUCUAGGAGGAAGUAUCGUGAGUCUAAUGAUAGAGGUUUGGUAGUAUAUAUACCGGCAACCUCAGAGUUUGAGCCGCCGCCGAUAGGGAGUCUGGCUGAGAGUACUACGGCGUUUGGCACACAGCAUGAUCCGGAAAUUGAGCUUAGCAGUAGGCCAAACAAGGUCGAGGAGGUUGAGGUUUGGAACGAUGUGGAAACUAGAAGUCUUUCGCCGACGGACAGUUCAUACCAGACACCGAGUGAGGUGUGA